CUGCUCCCCGCGACGAUGCCGGCAAGAGCGGAGCUGGCCGCGCGGGCGACCUGAGCAGAGGAGAAGAGACGACGAGGAGGAGGAGGAGCUUUGGGCGCAUCUAGGACACCCCACCCUCGGCUCCUGCCCAAGCGAUGCGGGGCAGCGCGGGGCAGCGGCGCCAGGAGGAGCCCGAGGGUGAAGCCUGAGAAGCUGUGACGACGCUGGAUGCGGGCUGCCUCACGUCGCAGCGAUGGCCUCCGUGGGACUCUUCCUGGCCUGGAGCCUGCUCCUGCCAGCCGUACAACAGGCAUCCCGCCUCCCCACCCCAAAGAACCCCACCUGGGACCCUCCCUUGAGUUCUGCCCCACGGCUGCCUCCGCUGAAUGGACCCUCCCAAGAGCUUCUCCCAAGCAUAUCACCAACCCGUUCAGACCCCUUUGCCCAUGAGAUCUCCAGUGGUGAUGGGGAGCCGAGCAGUGAGAUUUGGGAUGGGGCGAAUCCCACAAGACAUCCCGGGACUCCAAUACCCCGGGUGCCCUUUGACUUCCUUCCAGUGACCCGUUCUGGCUUGAGGACACCCGCUAGGGCUUCUGAAGGGAGCUUGGCUCCCCGCCUCACCGUGCAGGGGCUUCCUCAGGCGGAGGGCUUCACUCCGUCAACAGUGGGGCUUUCCAGCGUUCAAACAGAGCCUGAGGUGACCACUGGCCAUGCACCUGUGGAAAUAAGCCCAGAGCAGGGAAAUAAUGGGACUUCUCUCUCAGUCCCUGGUGCUGCAAGCGUGGCCACUCCUGGGAUGGACUCCCUGCCAACCUCAUCUGGGGUCGAGGCCUCGGAUUUACCUGCCUCCCAGGACGAGACCACACACAGCCGCCACCAGGCGGUGCUCAAAGAUAUCUCCAUGGCAACCACACUAGGCCCCAAGCCUACCGUGUCCACCAUCCCAUUGGUGACGUUACCUGCUGACGGGUCCCAUGUAAAGUGGAUGGCAACCGAGCGUACCGGCCCGAGGGGCGAUAGUGCCAUGGGACAGCUGGGAAGCGGGGGUCCACAGCAGGAGCUGGUGGGCCCAAACCAGACCACCGUCAAAUAUAUGGCUUCGUACAGGAGCACACGGACUUAUGGGGGCCCGCAGGGACGGGAGGAGCUCUCCACCACUCCUUUUAGACCCACACAGGCGGCUGGAUACACCCAGAGCCCGCUUGGGCAGGGGAGGGACACUGUGCUUGUUGCUUCUGUCUCCCGGCCUGGUACAGCCAUCCCACUGGAUGGGGCCCUGGCCUCCGCAAGCUCCCCUCAGCCAGCCUCGGAGGUCUUCCCGAGCCCUUCCACCUCUUCACCGGCAGGGGACAUAGCAGGGACCCCCCAGGGGCCAGUUACGCACCAAGGAAGCACCCACUGGAGCCUGAUUGUCCACACAACGCAGCAAACAGGACUUUGGGAAGUGGCCAGAACGGAAAAUACUCACUCUCUUGGCGGGUCAGCGACCCCAGGGAUUUUGGGAGCGAUUGAUAUUAACCCCCAACGAGUCCGGGGGGCUGUAAUGCCCAAGGUCCCUGUCACGUACGUUGGGCCCAUUACUCCUGGACAGGGCACCUCUGUGGUGAGGAACAGCCCGGAAACCAAGCCCCCAGAUGCAGCUGGGACCCGUCCCGCUAAGCGGAGCAGCAGCAGCAGCACCACCACCACCACGUCUGCCCGCCUCCUGGACACCCCCCGCCGUGGCCUGAUCCGGGUCACCACGCAGAGAGUCGUGCUGCACCGCCAGCUGGCCCGCCCCCAGCCCAGCCUGCCCACCGUCCUCACUGCCUCCAGCCCCCCCUGCCCCAGCCCUGGCAGUGCCUGCAGCCAGCUGCUGCCUAACCAGACCUUGAUCCGCUGGGGGGACCUCGAGCGCACGCUCAGCUUUGCCUGGGCGCUCCACGUCUACGGCUCCGGCGUGCUCUUCCUGCUGCUGAGCUUGCUGAGCUUGGCCUGCCUGGGGGGCUCCCUCGCCUUGCGGGUGGCUCACUUCCCGCACGUCGCAGCUGCCAGCGCCCUGCUGCUGGCCUUCGGGCUGCUGCGCACCACCUUCUUCCUGGCCGACCCGUACGGCGCGAGGGAACGCCUCCCGGCCGCCGCCGUAAGGGUCCUCUACACGGCGCCCUUCCCCCUGCUGCUCACCACUUUUGCUGUGCUCCUCCUCCGCCUCUUCCGCCAGGCCCGCCUGGAGGUCCUGCCCCCCAAGUGGCAGAGCCUGCCGCUCUGGGCUGCGCUGGGGUCCGUGCAGAGCGCCGCCCUGCUGGCCGCCGACUUGUUCUCUCCUCCGUUGCACCCGGCUGUGCCGGUGGGGCUGCACAUCCUAUCCUGCGCCCUUGGCAUCUGCCUCCUGCCCUUCACGGCCUUCGUUUACUGGCUGCUGCGGCGCAGCGUGGCCGAGACGGCUGAGGGCACCCCGGAGCCGGGCGUCUGGAGCGGGGCGUGGCUGCUGCUGGCAAGCAGCGGGCUGGCCCUCCCGUGCUGCGGGCUGCAGUUCUACGGGGUGCUGUGGCUCUCGGGCCUCCUGGGCCAGGUGGACCUCUUCACCUGGGGCUGGUGGUUCGUGCAGUUCUGGUUCCGUAUCGUGGAGCUGGUGCUCUCCUUUGCCCUCGUCUUGCUCGCCUGGCAGUCCCUCUGCUGGCGCUACGGCUCGGCCGAGCACUCCUGCUGGGCCAAGCUCCUACGCUACUUCUGCGCCUACCGCAAGGCCGAGGUUCCCGAGUACCCCAACAACUGCUACGACUGGGCCGGAGGCAUCCUGGAAAAGGUCCCCAACAACGACAUCAGCAAGAACCUGAUCCGGAACCCUCCCGGGGGUGGCAGCGGGCGCCUCUGGGCACUCAAGGACAGCAAUGAGCUGCGGGCAGCGGGUGUCCAGGGCUCCAGUCCAUCACCCGCACGCCCCGUCUACAGCCCCAAGUGCCCCAACGCCGCCGUGGCCAUCAUGGGCCGCUCCUACACCAGCAUCUGCUUUGAGCGGGAUUCGGUCCUCUCCCUGGCGGAGCUGGAGUUCCGGCCCCCGUCGCCCAUCAACCUGAGCCGCAGCAUCGAUGAGGCGCUUUUCCGCGAGCACCUGGUGCGCGACUCCAUCUUCCUCCGCUCCAGCCUCCACUUCCCUUCGCGCCUGGCCCGCCAGGACUCCUGCUCUUCUCUGCGCGGCGACUGCUCCACGCUCUCCCACACCGCCCAGCCCCUGCUGUCGCGUCCACGCCGCAGCAGCGACCCCGACUGCCUCUACAGUUUGGCCCGUGCCAGUUCCAUGGGCGAGCUCACCACCCAGAGCCGCGGCCUGGCCAGCGAACCCCCGACGGACACCUCCUUCGACAGCUUCUCCCGCACCUCAUUCUCCCGGGCCUCCCUCAAGUUCAGCUGGAACCCCUGGCGCCACGGCCUGUCCUCGCCAGAAAGCCUGCCCCCUGAGGAGCUGCCCAACCAGGCCCAGCUGCUCCCAGACGAACUGCCCCCGGCCCCUUCCAGCAGCGCCCCAAACUCAGAGCGCGAGGCCCGGAAGAGCUUCCUGGCCCUCAGCAAGCAGGUGGAUUCUCGCAGCCUCUCGAGCGACACCAUUGAACUGUGAAAAACAGCUCGGGAUCCCAACCUGCCUGAGGCGCACCGGCCUGUUUCUUUGCGGAGGAGGUGGGAGAAGGCGGCUCUCCCCAGGAAGACUCCCAUUUUCCUUUCAAAAAAGCCAUGGGGCGCCUUUUGCCUCGACUCGGCCUAGUACGUGCCACUCACGUAGUGGCCCCCAAUCCGUAGCUGGGCUCCUCUAGUGUCAGCCACAUGAUAAAUAGUACCGCCAGCCAGCCAUCCACUCUGUGACAACCACAAACGUAGCACAAGCCAGUCAUCCGUUCCCAUGUUCUGUAGUGCCAGGAACACCAAGCGCCCGCUCACCAUUUCCUGUAGCCGCCUGUUUUCCCGCGUGUAGCAUAUGGGAAUGGGAGGCAGGCGGGCACCAGGAACUCUUCCGGCUGCAAGAAGGAUGCCGUGUGGGGAGAGAACAGGGCGGGAGGGCACUGCCAGCCUGACAGCUCAGACGGCACUCUCCAAUCCAGCCCCCAACCCGAAAAGGCUCAGCUUGCCGUUACUGUUUGUGGCAGUGCCCACAUUGUGCCAUAGAAAGAUGCCCGAGGAGGCAAGGCUGAGGAGGGGCAGGACGAGGGCCUGCCGCCGCCGUGAUGGGCCCCCAAGUAUUUGCAGCAAUCUUGGAGCAAGGCGGUGCUGCAGGCUGUAGCUCAGUGGUAGAGUCUACCCUCUGCAUGCAAACGGUCCCAAAUUCAGUUGCUAGGUCUCUUGCACUAAAAAGGAUCUUGCACUAAAAAAAAGCUGAGAAAGGAUUUCUGCCGGGGACGUGCCAGUCAUAGUAGAUACGAAUGAGCUC